UUGAAAGGGUUUUGAUUCUUGGGUUUUCUGCAGUCUUACUACUAUCAUCGUGUAGUUUAUUUUGAACAUCAAGAUCUGAAUAUCUAGCUUCUGAAUCCAUGACACCACCAAAAUUCCCGUUCGCUCGCCAUUCGGGCACAGAGCCACCACUUGAGUAUGCCCAUCUCCGGGCCACUGAGCCCGUAUCUCAGGUCGAGCUAUGGGAUGGGAGUCUUGCAUGGCUAGUAGUCAAGCACAAAGAUAUCUGCAGUGUAUUGACAGAUCAACGAUUGUCAAAGCAACGCACACGUCCCGGAUUCCCAGAGCUAUCUGCUGGAGGAAAAGCCGCUGCGAAGAACAAGCCUACGUUUGUGGAUAUGGACCCGCCAGAGCAUAUGCAGCAGAGGAGCAUGGUAGAACCGCUCUUCACUCGAGAGCAUAUCAAUGGCAUGCGUCCAAAUAUCCAGAAAACUGUGGACUCGCUGCUAGAUGCCAUAAUCAAAGAAGGCAAUUCCCAACCCAUAGAUCUGGGCGAGAAAUUUGCCAUUCCUGCCCCCUCUUACACAAUAUAUAGCAUCCUCGGUGUACCAUUCUCCGAUCUUGAACGCCUGACGACUUUCGCAGCAAUUCGAGGAAACGGAUCUGCCACGGCAUCGGAAGCUUCGAGUGCCAAUGCAGCCUUGCUCUCAUAUAUGGGGCAGCUUGUCGAAGAACGUCUCUUGGAGCCUAAAGAGGAUCUUAUUAGCCAUCUUGUCAACGAACAGCUCAUCCCGGGACAUUUGAAGAAAGACGAUGUUGUCCAAAUUGCGUUCUUGCUUCUAGUAGCCGGAAAUGCUACCAUGACGAGCAUGAUCCUGCUUGGUGUCAUAACACUUUUGCAACACCCUGAUCAACUGGAGCUCUUGAAAGCAGAUCCUGAGAAAUGGAGUGCUCCGUUUGUCGAAGAACUUUGUCGAUUCCAUACCGCUUCGGCCCUCGCAACGAGGAGAGUUGCAAAGGAGGAUGUGGUCAUUGGAGGCAAGUUGAUCAAGUCAGGAGAAGGUAUCAUUGCCGCCACGCAGUCCGGAAACAGAGAUGAAGACGUGUACCCAGAUGCUGACGUAUUCGAUAUCAAAAGACUAAGAGGGAAGGAGGAAGCUUUGGGGUAUGGUUGGGGAGAACACCGAUGUGUUGCAGAAUGGCUAGCCAGGGCUGAGUUGGAGAUUGUUUUUGGCGCCUUGUGGCAAAAGAUGCCUAAGUUGCGGCUGGCAAUUGGGUUCGAGGACGUGAAGUACUCGCCGCCUAAAAAGGACGUAGGACUUAGUGAACUGCCUGUUGUCUUCUAGUAUCGUGGAGUUGUUUCAGUGCUGGAUGCCUGGAUCUAUCAGUAAGUAGUCUGAAUGUUGUUAAUAGUCUGGAUUGUGAUGAAGAUAUAUGAAUCUGGGCAAUGAAAAUGUAGAAAUGAGUGUCAAAUUGCAAUAUUCUUCGAGCUUGCUAGUCAAUUCAGG